CAGGUCACAUGAUUUUAGCAUUGGGAAAUUUGAUGGUAGGACAGUUAUUCUCUGUGACCAGUGUGAAAAAGAGUACCACGUCGGUUGUCUCAGGGAAAAUGAGCUUUGUGAUUUGAAAGGAAUCCCCCAAGAUAAAUGGUUCUGCUGUAGUGACUGCAGCAGGAUUCACACAGUUCUUCAAAGCUCUGCUUCAUGUGGGCCACAAACAAUUCCCUCGCUUUUGUUAGACACAAUAAGCAGAAAAUACAGAGAAAAAGGAAUAUAUAUUGACAACGGAGAUAUUGUGGAAUGGAGGAUGCUUAGAGGAAAAAGUCGAUACCCAGAGCAUCUACCCUUACUUUCACGAGCAGCUGCUAUCUUCAGGGAGUGUUUUGAUCCCAUUGUGGCAACGUCUGGUCGUGAUCUCAUUCCUGUCAUGGUCUAUGGGAGAAAUAUAUCAGGCCAGGAGUUUGGAGGAAUGUAUUGCUUGGUCCUGAUGGUGAAUUCCCUUGUUGUUUCUGCCGCACUGCUUAGGAUAUUUGGUCAGAAAGUUGCAGAACUUCCGAUGGUAGCUACAAGCCGAGAGUAUCAGGGAAGGGGCUACUUUCAAGGCCUGUUUGCUUGCGUUGAGAAUCUUCUUUCCUCUCUGAAUGUUGAGAACUUGCUUCUCCCAGCAGCUGAAGAAGCCGAGUCUAUCUGGAUAAAGAAAUUUGGCUUCACAAAGAUGACUGAACAUCAAUUAGAGAAGUACCAGAGAGAAGUGCAACUUACAGUCUUCAAGGGAACAUCAAUGCUCGAGAAGAAAGUUCCGAAUUUUUCAGAAACAACUUCACCCAUCUGAUAUCAUCUUUCAUGGAAGAUUUUUUUUGAAGCUUCAUCUUGGAUUUUGGUAUUUGGGAUCUUUCCUUUUUUUUUGCUUUCUCGGCCCUUGAAAACCCCACGCUUGUUUUCUUUUUGCAAAAGGGUCAUUUCUUGUGUACCUCUCUUAUUUUUUUGUACAAGCUCUUAACAGAGAAGGAUAUUAGAACUUAGGGUUGACACAGGAUAGGUUUCAGAGACCUAGUGAGAUAUUUUGUAAAGGAAAGAAUUAAAAAGAAGAAGCAAAUAUAAUAAA